GCGCGGGGCGCCUCGGGGUGCCGCAGCCGUCCUACGUCCUUCCGUCCGAACAGCUCUCCGCGCCGCCGCUCCGUGCUCCGGCACCUCGGCACCGAGUAAGGGCGUCCUCGGGCAGCGGGGUUCCGCGCGCGGUCUCGGCCUCCUCCUAGGAAUAGGGCUGUGAAGAUGCUCCGCCAGCAGAGUAGCGUGUGAAGCAGUGUGACCCAUGCUUCAGGCAGCCCCGCGGAAGUAGCGCUCUCUCCUCCCGGAGAGGCCUAACAUGCAUGUUAUGAAUUGUCUCUCCCUGGCCAAUGACAAGGAGAAUGGAGCUCUCUCGGUGGCGGCAGGAUUGAUGAGCGAGGACCCGCCGGCCGCCUCCCCGCCACCCCCGCCGCCAUGCCCCCCAGCAGAGGCACCCCCUGCUCCGCCGCUGCCCCCACCGCCCCCUCCGCUGCCAGGGCCCGGCCUGCCGCUGCACCCGCAGCUGACCAACGGGCACGACAGCCACAGCAGGAAGAAACGGAUGCGGAGUUUCUUCUGGAAAACCAUCCCUGAGGAACAGGUCCGGGGCAAAACCAAUAUCUGGACGAUUGCUGCAAGGCCACAGUACCAGAUCGACACUAAGACAAUCGAGGAGCUCUUUGGGCAGCAGGAGGAAACCAAGCCGCCAGACCCGAGGAGCCGGUCAUUAAAAGCUUCGUUUAAAGAGACUAAAGAGGAGGUUUCCAUUUUGGAUGCAAAACGGAGUAUGAACAUUGGGAUAUUUCUCAAACAAUUCAAAAAGUCUGCUGAAUCCAUCAUUGAAGAUAUCUAUCAUGGAAGAAGUGAGCCCUAUGCUUCUGAAUUGCUGAAUGAAUUCCUUAAAUUAUUACCAGAAGCAGAGGAGGUGAAGAAAUUAAAAGCCUUUGAUGGAGAUGUAUCAAAACUGUCUCAAGCCGAUUCCUUCAUGUAUUUACUAAUCCAGGUGCCAAACUAUGCUCUUAGGAUUGAAGCCAUGGUGUUAGAGAGGGAGUUCUCACCCUCCUGUGCUUCUCUACAGGAUGACAUGAAAAUUAUAAGACAGGCAACAAAAGAGUUAAUGACUUGUGAGGAGCUGCAUUCCAUACUGCACUUGGUCCUUCAGGCUGGGAAUAUUAUGAAUGCGGGAGGGUAUGCUGGCAAUGCUGUUGGAUUUAAGCUGUCAUCACUGCUCAAGCUGGCGGAUACAAAAGCCAACAAACCUGGGAUGAGUCUGCUGCAUUUUGUUGCGCUGGAAGCCCAGAAGAAAGAUGCUGCUCUUCUCAACUUCUCAGAGAAAAUUAGGGAUGUUCAUGAGGCUGCCAGGUUAUCCAUUGAUAAUGUAGAAGCCGAGCUCCACUCACUCUCUUUCAAGACAAGAUCUGUGAAAGACAGCAUUCGACGAGACCCAAAACUCUUUUACCAGAUGGAAAACUUUCUGCAGUUUGCUGUGAGACAUCUAAAGGAGCUAGAACACCAGAAGCGAGAAUUAGAAAAGGAAGGAAAUGCUCUCAUUGACUUUUUCUGUGAGGACAAAGAAACUAUGAAGUUGGAUGAAUGUUUCCAGAUAUUUAGGGACUUCUGCUUAAGAUUCAACAAGGCUGUUAAGGAAAACAGGGAACGAGAGAUCCAGGAACUUCAUCAUCUGCAAAGGCGAAAGGAGCUGGAGGAGAAACGUCGAUCCUGGGCUGCUGGAGAGCUUGGAAGCUUUGGACGAAGCAGUAGUGAAAAUGAUGUGGAAAUGUUGGCCAAAAAAGGACUCGAAGAGUUUCUUCCCUUCUUGCAGCAGAGACCUCAAAGUCCUUCAUACAGAAACCCCAAUUCCAAACGCUCUCGACUUUCUCUGGGGAUUACUGCAGACAGAGAGCUGCAGAGUUUCCUGGAAAUUUCAAAAGAAGAGGAUCCCAAUAAAUUUAACAGCCUUCCCCGUGCAAACACCCGACAAGUAAGACCCAAUGUAGCCUGGACUGAAUCCAAAGAAACUAGAGAUCCCAAUUUAAAUACCUUGCACUUACACCAACAGUCUGAAACCAAAGGGAAAAAUAGUGAUCUGCUGCAGUUGCAUCCAGCACAGUCCAAUCACUUUGGUGAUUCAACCACCAAUGUCCAUUAUCCACAGCGAAGCACCAACUGCAACAUGCAUGCUUCCAAUGCCUCUUGUGAGGAGUCUGCUGAUAUAAAUGCUCUGGCCCUUGCAAUUGAGGAGCACGAACUUGUUAAAGGAUUAAGGAAGUUUGAUAUUCAAGGAGCAAAGCCAGCAGAGGAUACGCCUCUAAUAUAUUUAGAGGAUGUCGGUGGAACAGAUGUGGAGACUCUAGAUGAUCUAAGCUUGCAUUCCCUUAGCACUGCUGAUGACGAUCUGCCUCCACCUUGCAGAAGCUCCAGAGAGGCCCACAACCAUAAAGGCAAGGCAGUGGGUUGCAAGAGUGAAACUUCAGAGCCUGGCAGCAGCAGCCCUGUGUCAAUGGACACAAGUGUUUCGGGAAGUAGGGAAGAUGGGCCAAUGUUCUAUGUGUCAGAUACUACCACUGACUGUUCUUUGACACUGGACUCUGAAGAGGGGAAUGAUUUUAAAUCAGCAGGCAAUGAAGUAAGAAGUGAGACUGGCAAAACACGCUCUUCUGUGAAUGGUGCUCAGUACAGGCCUAGAACACUCUUCCCAAACCUAAAUUCAGCUUCUGCCAAGGAUCUGUCUCUUCAUGCUUCCACAAAUGAUAAGGAUGAUGCCAACAGCAAACACACGCUUUCUAAAGAAAAAUCUGUAAAAAACAAAGACCCUGUAGGACCAAAGAGAAACUCUCUGAAAGACAGAUCUCCAAGUUCCUCAAAAUCCAGUGGCACUCGCCCUAGCCACACAACUUCUUCCAGACCUGUUAGAACUUUGAAUGCCUCUGAGAAUGAAAGUAUGAGGAAAGUGGUGCCUAUUUCUCGGUCAAACAAAGCACCAAGCAGUGUGAAAAAGCCAGAAGCCAAGCCAGUGCUUCGUGAGACUAGUACAGUGGAAAGCCGCCUGUCUCGUCGCAGCUCUGUCCGAGGCACUACAGACACACUGCCAAGAAGUCCUUACAGGCAUAGCAUGUCAGUAGAAGAGCCAAAGUUACAGAGGGGGACUGUCACCUCAAGCAGUGCUCAUUUUGAGAGAGACAGAGUUGCUCUCAAGAAGCCAGGCUCUAAACCUGUUAGGAGUACUGCAAAGUCGAAGACGGAUGAGACAAAAAUGUGUCGCUCCAGCGUAAAACCCCAGACCCCUGUAGAUGACACCAAAGUUAGCCCUGUCAGUGCUCCCAAAACGCCAUCCAGUGUCCCCAGCUUUGCAAGGAAUACAGUGGCUUCUUCUUCAAAGCGUGCAAAAGUGGAUCUCUCCACCUCGUCCAAACCUCCAAGCAUCACCAGAUCUGUGUCUCAGAGGCUGCCUAAAGUGAAGCCAGCAGCAACCUCUGAUGAUCUGAGUCCAAAGGAGAAUGGAGGGAGUACUUUAAAGAGAGCGAAUAGUGCCAGAGUGUUUGGAAAAAGCAUCCCCCAGGGAGACACUGUCAGCACAAAAGCAGAGACUUCACCAAAGGAGCAGGGGGCUGUGGAAAAGUCCUCUCUUAAACUGAAAGAUGCAAACCGGACCACAAUAGGUAAAAUACUAAAGCCGUUACUGAAGUAAGGAGAGGUUUUUUAAAUUUUGGAAUGUCUCUUGCACUGGAUGUCUCUGUUGAGGAAUUCCUUAAAGCAGUAACAUUGCUGAUAAGUGGCAUCACGUGCUCUUCAACGUACCGCACACCACUGGAAAAGGGCAACUGGUUGUGUUCUGGUCUAAAUCCUCUGUUAAGAAUUUGAAUGUGUUUGAAGAUACUGUGAUGGAAUAAGAGUGUAGCAGCAAGUGUUUGAGCAUUUGUGAUAUGGAAGGUCACCAAAAGCCAAAAAGUUUAAAGAAGUUAAGCUAUGGGAUGAAUUCCUUUGUGACAGAAAACAUGGAUAAAGGCCAGUUUUUGUGUGCAUGAAAUUCUUCCUGGGGCUCAAGCAUUUGUGUUGGUUGGUUUCUUAUUCAACGUCGGAGAGAAUCCUGUGGAACAGUACUGAAAAUGAAUGUAGGUGAUUGUGCUUUACAUUGUUUCUACUGCCUUGGAUUCAGGAACUCUUUUUUGCCUGUUGCAAAGUCCAUUGCUGGCAAUUGGACAGGCUGGGAACUGCUGGCCAAAAAAUAGUAAAACGGGAUUAUUUGCUGUUUGUGGCUGUCUUUAACCUAACUGAAGAAUUUUUAGCAUGUUUUAUGAAUGUGUACGUGUGUCUGGAGAAAACUUUCUGCUGGCCAGGAAGCUUAUUCUCCAGGAAUGUGGCAGCAUUGUCUUGCAUGCACAAGUAGAUAGGGCUGGUGCUUCACGGCUGGAGGCCGUGCCCAUUGGAAGGGCCACCAGUAACCACUGGGAUGAUGACUACUCCUCAUCUGACUUGUUCCAGUCACAAGCAAACUUGCCAGCGUUUGGUCAUACAGAAGUGCCAUAUAUUUAUGAUACAUAUCAAGGAUGUUUGCAGUUCAGCUCUUGAAGGCUGCAUUGUAGUGCUGAGCACUUUCUUACUAUUCCAUGUUUCCACUGGUUUAUGUACUACCAAAUUACUUGAAUGUUGCAAUGGCUCUGAUUGAGCCAUCGGUUUCCCUGCCCCCUCCUCUCCUUGUCAACAUGAAUAUUUAGCAUGAAACACGGAUCUUACGCAUGACAAUGUUUUUGUAGACUUCCUUUGUUACUUCAAAUGUGGUUUUUAAUGUUUAAAUGCUCCAAAGGAUGACUUAAACUAGUAUUUGAUAAGCUUUUUACAAAUAAAAACACCUCCUUUUUCCUGCGGAUACAAAUUUUCAUGUCUUGCUGGUCUAAGGUACGGAGAAUGAGGGAGAACUUGUUCAGCAUGCUAUGCAUAUUCCUAAGGGAAAUGUUUGUAGGUGGGGAAGCUGAUCACUGUUCUCCUGAGCAUCCUAUUUAAAGAGUUGCCUUUCCAGUCACUCACAAAUGAAGCCUCAUUUAAUAAUAAAAACAAGAGUAAAAUAAAAAGGAAAACUCUUCAGACAAGUGGCAUUGACUUAGGGUAGAUCUGCUUCUCCACUCUAUCCCUCAGUGCUGGAAGUGUAUAGCUCAGUGAGAAUGAGCCGUUUAAUUACUCACGUGCAUCUCAAGGGCUAGUAUCGGGGACAGCUACCUUUGUCUUUUGAAGUUGGCAAGGGGCCCUUAGUGUUUCAUGAUGUCUUACUGCAGACAUUGUACCCAAACACAAAGUAUUACAUAGGGCCUCUUGUUUGAGUCUGUCCCACGGGGAGAAUUUAUAUAGCCCACUUUUUGGCAAGGGUGAAUUUUUGCUCGAAACCCUGCAUAAGCUUUUUGAAUGCUGCCUCCCUUGUGGGUUACAUGAAAGAAAAGCAUCUCCCUUCUCCUUAUUUCUAUCUGUGUGUAUGUAUGCACAUCUGCGAGAGCAGAUGAUUGACUCUUCUCCUUUAUUAAGAAAAAAAAAAAAAAGCAACCAAACUUUUAUUGGUAGCAAGCUUGAAAAAUAAUUUAAAUGUGUUUUGGUAUAUGUAAAUUUCUAUAAAUCUGUGUAAAAGAAAACUGAAUGUAUUUAAUGGAACAUUUAUACAUUUCGGAGUAACUCAGUAGUUUAAUAAAGUUCCCAUUUACUGGGUAUAGGCUUGCAUUCUUCUCCUUCUUGUUGUACUUUGGGCUUUGGUCCUGGAGAUCCCCAACAACUGGAGACCGGUUGUAGGUACCUGUGGGAAAAUCCCCAAAGAAAAGGUUUUGCAGCAGAAAUUCUGGCAUUUGAAAUAGGAGGCUUGUUUUUGUACUUAGAUGUGUAUUUCAUCUUUAGUUUCUGAAUGUUCCUGAGGCAGGGCUUUCUGCACAGGCCCGGGUAGAACAUGAAAGGUAUUAGGUGGUGGAUGCAGCGCCUCAUGUAUGCGUUGUGUGCUGUGGCCAAAACGAAUGUUCGUGGCAGUAACAAGUCUGGAUCUGUCACUAUCUUCAUGCCUUUUAGCUUAGCACACUUUAUUGGGAAAUCCCAGUUUACAGCUCCCAGGGCUUUGCAAAUAAAGAACAGCCUGUUUUGCAGGAGCAGGUGGUGAUUUCUGCACUGUAAUUCUGAAGUUUUACCUUCCAUCCCAUUCUCCUGUGAUUUUUAUUCCUGCUUUAUUGCAUAAGAAAAAAAAAAAAAAAGAGAGAGAAGAAAGGCAGCCAGCCUCCUUGUCCUCAGGGAGUACUUCCUCCCCUCUGCUAUGGGAAUGGUUUUUGGACUGGAAUUGCUGCUAUUUGCAAACUCGUUCAGCCCCUGACUUUUCUCGUUGGGUGAGUGCGGCUCUCCCGCACGGAGCAGCACGCACCUGCUGUCUGCCAGCACUGAGUGACGGCUGCUGAUGGAAUCUACGUGGGAAAGCCCUUCACCAUCAAAAGGUGUGUCUCAAAAGUUGGUUUUUCCCUUUUUAAACUUCAUUUUUAUUUCAAAAGGGUUUAUGAUUACCAAUUCAUUAUUUAAACUACCAGCUGUCAGAAGCAGCAGUGCCCUGUAGGUUUAAUUUCCCAUGUCUUGAGAUUUUCCCAAACGCUAACAGGCUGUGGGGCUGCAGGCGGGUUUGAAGAAAGACACGAGAGCUUUUUUUGGGCUUUGUUGUGCCGAGCAGUGGGUGCUUGUCAUCAUCAUCAGAGGCGAGUCCGUCUCCUUUGAUGGAUCUCAGGGUGAUGGUGAAGUCGGGGAGCCCGGGGAGACAUGAGGGCAUCUGGGGCUGUGGAGCUGCUGCAGAUUGCGAGAUAGGGGAGCGAGCUGUGGGAGGAGAGAUGCUGAUUCAUACUUGGAGGAAUUUAAUAUUCACAUCUCAUGUGGGAACUGCAUACAAAUGAGGGGCUCACUGUAUCCCUCGUUACAACAGCUCAUUAAAUUAUCAGGAGAGACGGAAAGAUUUCCCAUCACGCCUCCCACAGCGUACAAGUCCGGACUAUGUCAUUCAAAAUAACCCACUGGUAUCUCUCUCAUCUUAGGCUCUGGCUGUGUGGAUGGAUGCGGAGUACUGCCCGUUGGCUCUGACCUAGCCAGGCACAAGUGAGCUCUGGAUUGGGAGUGAAUCACAGCACGUGCUGGCUGGCCACUGACCCCGAGUUGUCCUGUCCUGGCUGGAACUGCAUCCCCACGUGCUGGGGAGAGCUGUCCUCCAGAAGGCGUCUUUGUUGCUGCUGUGAGAAUGCAAUCCCGGCGAGAGGGGCCCAGCUAAAUGCAGCUCCUUUCAAAUUUGGCCACUCAGUGUUUUCCAUUAGCUUGAUACAUGCUGUUUACAUCCUACUGCUGCCGGUGCCAGAGAUAACUGCCUUGGGAACAGCUCCCUGCAGGUAUUGUUAGCAGCUGCUGGAAACAAAGGCGUUUGUUUUAGCCACGUCACUAUCUAAACAGCCAGAAAUAGAUUGCUUUUUUUAUUGCUGGUAAGCCAAUAAAAAUCGGUCUUGUUCUCCUGGCCAAAAGAUGCCUUCUGGAAAUCUUGCGUGCUGAGAGGGCUGGCAUCUGUGCAAACAGCCCAGCAACAGCAAAGAGCAUGAUGCUGAGGCAAAGAAUGCGUGAAGGACUCUCGUGGCAACCAAGCAUUUCUCCUCCACGUGUCAUCACCACCAGCAUCCACUGCUUGCACUUGGACAGAAUUGCUUCCAGCCAACACCAUGUGGUUCCUUGCCGCAUAGUUGGCUUCUGUCUCUUUCUAGGCUGAAAGCUGAGACUGCAGAACACUCACCAUCUCAGCUAGGAACUUAACUCUGAUUUUAAAAACAAAUAAAA